CCUAGUGUGCGCUGCGCGGAGCUGCAGAUCCAGCUGACGGAGGCCGCGGCCACGCUGGCUGGCCAGAAGGAGCUGGUCGCCAAGCUGGAGCAUGACCUCAGCACCAUCCAGACCCUCUCCGCUGUGCACCGCCCAGACGCAGAGGGCGCAGCCAUCCCCAGCCUGGAGAAGAUACCGGAGCCCAUCAAGGAGGCCACCGCGCUGUUUUACGGUCACCCGCCGGUGCCCAGCGCCCCGUUCCCCGAGGGACAGGUGGACUCGCUCCUCUCCAUCAUCUCCAGCCAGCGGGAGCGCUUCCGAGCCAGGAACCAGGAGCUGGAGGGGGAGAACCGCAUGAUGCAGCACACGGUGCAGGCGCUGCAGAGCGAGCUGGACAACCUGCGAGCCGACAACAUCAAGCUCUACGAGAAGAUCAAGUUCCUCCAGAGCUACCCCGGCCGGGGCAGCAGUAGGGACGACACCGAGCUGCGCUACUCCUCACAGUAUGAAGAGCGCCUGGACCCCUUCUCCUCCUUCAGCAGGAAGGAGCGCCAGCGCAAGUACCUGAGCCUCAGCCCCUGGGAUAAAGCCACGCUGAGCAUGGGGCGGCUCAUCCUGUCCAACAAGACGGCUCGCACCAUCGCCUUCUUCUACACGCUGCUCCUGCACUGCCUCGUCUUCCUGGUUCUCUACAAAACCGCCUGGAGCGAGAGCGUGGGCAGGGACUGUGCCGCCUUCUGCGCCAAGAAGUACGCCGACCACGUGCACAAGUUCCACGAGAACGGGGACACGGGCGACAUGUGGCAGUGACGCCGGGCUCAGCCCCGCCGCUCCUCCCGCGGCAGGAUCCGGCCCCUCGUGCCCGCCGCCCGCUUCGCUGCAGCUUUGCUUUCUGCCUCGUCGGAUGGAGGCAACGCUUCACCCCCCAGCCCCGGCUCGGAAAUCAGCAGCCUCGCUGCGGGACAGCCAUCUGCAGGACACGGCCCCGAUGUCCCCCAGCGCUCAGUCGUCACCGAGCGACGUGGGAAAGGCGAGAUAAAAGCUCCUCUUUUCGGCUGCAAUAGCUCAUUCAAUCUUGUUUCAAGUGCAGCGCGACAUGGGGCGGACUAAAUUUAGCCAGAAAAUGGGGGGGGGGCGGGGGGGUACGACUCUUAAGCUUGCGUUUCAGUGUGUUCUGCUAUUUGAGAAUUCCCAUUUUGCUCCCGUUUGUUGAAUUAUCCGAAAGCAAUCGGUCCUGCUGGGCUUUGGCAGAGCGAGCAGAUAGCGGCGCUCAGCCGGAAAGCCGAGCCGCUCGGCGCGGUGCCUUCUCCGCGUAGCUCGGUGCUGAGCUGGGUCCUGCAGCAUUUCUCGGGGCCCUUUCAGACGUGUGCCACCACCACGCUGCUGAGCUCCGGCACACGGUCGCGUGGGAGCAGGGACCUCGGCCUGAAGGCUGCAUGGCUGCUGCCGAGUCACCCGGCGUGAAGGGAGGUGCUGCUUUUGGGGCUGAGCCCCGCAGGUGUUCGGGGCUCUCUGCUGUGCCCUCCCUGCCCUGCCUUGGGCAUUUCAGGGUGUCCUGGCAGCUCCGGGCUCGGGGUCAGUCGGUCUGCUCAACCUCUGACCCCUUAGGAGGCUGAACGAGCCAAACGGACCUAUUGCUGGUGGAGGGCUGGAUGAAUGGGGGGCUGCCGGUGGGAGAUUUAAGUUGAUUUGGGGAAAAAUUGGCAGGAGGAGAGGCUGUGAUUUGGGAAGCAGGUUCUGGCACCCCUCGUGCCUGCCCAGCUGCCUGGUGCUGGAAGAGACCAACAUUAGUUAAUGGCCCGCAAUUAAAAUUCUCCUCCUAAGAUGGGAGAAUCUUGUGGCUUCCAAUUAAUGUUUCAUUGCCGAUUCAGAUCUGUUCUGCUGGGAAGCUGGGACCUCAAACUGCAGGCGCAGGCAGCAGUCGGCUUCACAUCUGCUACGGGCAGCGGAGGUUUAUUUAUAGUAGCCAUGGCCCGCGGAAAAAAUGCAAAAUACUCAUAAAUGGAAGCGGAGAACAAACACGGAGGGACCAACCCACGCCUGUCCCGCUGGGCACCGACCCACAGCAUCUUGGGGUUUUUAGGAUGGAUGCGUGAAGGAUGGAGCUGGGGCUGUGGGAUGCUCAGCACCGACAGCGUGCGCCCAAGGGCCAGGGAGAUUUAGGGCUGCUUCUCCUACCUCUCCGUAAACUAAUCGACUUUAGAUGUGUGGUAGAUGAUAUUUUGCUCUCUGCCAUGGGUAGCUCAGAAACGUGAUCCGGGGAAGGGUGGGAUGCUUGCUGAGGCUUUGCUGGGAAGGCUAAAUUUGCUUUUUUUAGAAGCUCUAUGUGGUGUCUUGGAAUUGCAAAACUUCUGCAGCUAUUCACACUUGUAUUCUUCAGAAAUGAUUUCAAAUAGAUGCUGAGUUCUCCAGGAUGAGUGAUGGAAUAAACUUAGAUACGCAUUGACUGGA